CACCUCCAGAUAUCCACACUCGUUAAUGCUUCCAUGGGUCAAUUCAUUGGGACCUUGUGUCCACUGCGUUUCCGACUUUGGCUGGGCCGACAACUGUACCAACCCCUCACUUCCCGCGUAGUAAGGGUCAGUCGGAACCGCGUCAUCAAGGGACCAUGUAGUCCUCCGGAGAUCGAGGCUAUGCAGUAUGUCACCAACAAUACAGCCAUCCCGAUACCUAAAAUCUACGAGGUUCACAUCACGCAUAAUCAGCAGAUAUUUAUCGAGAUGGAAUAUAUUAAUGGCGAAGAUCUGGAUACCUCUUGGAGGGUAGACGGUCGCCUUUCGCAAGAACAGAAAAACGCCAUUUGUACGGAUAUAAAGAACUACGUUUCGAUUCUCCGUGACCUUCAACCUCCAGCAGAGGAUCUCGUCGCCUCUGCUCUUCAAAACCCCGCCUAUGAUGGUCGGAUUGGUGCCCGUUUCUUCGGCCCCUUUAGUCAUCGCGAAUUCCACUCAUUAACUCGAGGCCACCUGCGUAUGGACGAUGUUGCGAUAGUCCUGGGCGAGGAAGUUGAGAAGGUGCAUACUACGUCCUAUCGAACAUGUUUCACACAUGGUGAUUUGGUCCCAAGAAACAUCAUCGUUAGGAAUGCACGUGUCGCCGCAAUUAUCGACUGGGGAUUUGCAGGAUGGUACCCGGAGUACUGGGAAUUUACGAAGGGGCAUUAUGAUUUCUUCCCAAAGGAAGACUGGUCGGAGCAUCUUCACCAAGCAAUACCUCCUUACAAGAUGGAGCUAAUAGCGGAGCAAGUUCUUUGGGAAAUGCUCCCCGACCCGGGCACACCUGCAACUUCACAUCGAGAUGGAGUUGUUCGUAAAACCCCAGGCUCAAUGCCUUCAGCAACAUGGCAAAAAGCAAGGGCAGAGCAUCAAGCUGAGGAUCUAUGGUCUGUCGUUUUGUCGUCAAGGCUUUACGUGAAUGGGACAUAAUCCAAUGCAAUCAGAGCAGCUGUGGUACCGCAAUGGUGUUCCGAAACUCAAUAUAGCUCCACUGUUGUGAGAUCGCAGACCAUCUAAU